UAUGAACUGUUGCAAAUUGAUUUUUGCAUUGGUCAAUACAGCAUGUCGAACGAUUUACUGAUGUACUUAGCUAACUAGAAUACGUUAUUAUUUUAAUAACAACAGUCCGAUCGUGAUCGUGAGUACACGUUUAAUACUGUUUUCAAACAUGUUAAGCUGAUUAAUUUAUCAUAAUGAAUCGGACAAUAGUGAUUUUGAAUCUUCUUGUCUCUUCAAUAUCUAUAGCAAGGUCUAUAGACGAACCAACAACAGCCUAUAUUGCAGAUGAUAAUGAUAAAAUUUAUGAUAUAACGCUGAGGAUCCCUGAUGAAACUGCAGAAGUUGUAGUCAAGAAUGAUGAUGUUUUAAACACUAGUGAACUGAGCAACAUGUUCAGCUUGGUAGAAAAUAAAUUUGCUAGAACCCGUUCUUUAAAAGAGGAGUCUGAUGAUGACAGAUUCAUAAAAGCGGAAUUAAAAAAAGAGAGUCGUGUUACCGUGAAAUCGGCCGAUAGCUUGGACAAACCGGAAGGAAAGGAAAGUGGUAAUACAGUUAAAGCAAAGAAUAUUGAAACUAAAGCUGCUAACAAAGAGGAAAGUAAAUCUGGAGAUAAAAGUGUACCUAUCUCUAAAACAGCAGUCGCUGAAACUAAAAAUAGCACAGAAGAAAGUAAACUAUUACAAACCAGUACUAGUGAGCUAAAUGAUGUGGAGAGUACAACUGAAAAUUUUCGGGGUGAAAGUAAAACUUCAGACUAUUUAGAAAAUGAUAAAAAUGAACAUAAUGAAAAAGUUAAUCCUGAUAAAGCGUAUGCAAGAAAAGGCUUUGAUAUGCCUAUAAAUGAUGAGUCAAACUCAGCUUGGGACUUACUUGAUGACUUACCUGCGUCGAGAAGAAUGCUUUCCCAACCUGAUUAUUUAGACAUAGAGUCCAAGGGAAGGAAUGGCGUCGAAAAAGUGGGACACAUUGAACCUGUCCAACACAUCGAAACAAAACAUGUUCCUGAAAUAAAUGUUGUUUCGCAAAGACACCAUAAUUCACAUGGUCAUACAUUAGGUCCCCCAUUAAACACUGUUAUAUCGAAUCCGGAAAUUCGACAAGCAACAGUUUCGAUUCCACGUAAUCAUCAACAUGUAUUACCUCAACGUCGCUUCAUCGUCCCAGGUUUUAUAAAAAUCCGACCAGCAGCGCCCAUUGAUUUCAGAAGAUUAAUAAAUCAGGAGAGAAAUAAUGUCUUAAGUCAAAAUGUACAAUACGAAAAAGAUUACAGAACAGAAAGAAAUAAUGUGAUUAAUCAAAAUCAAAACAUUGCCUAUGACUCUUAUGCUGGAUCUGAUAUGCCACUUGAAUCAAGAGAAGUCUUAGAAGACUACAAUUCUAAAGAACUUUCGAACGCAUAUCCGUUCACGCCUGCAGUUUCAGAAACACCGAAAUUGCUACAAACCACUACCGUUAAUAAAGUGAAUCCAUUGUUUGCAAAACUGGUAGAUGCUUCGGAACAUCCUAAACCAUUUACACCGAAUUUAAACACAGUAAAUGUACAAAAUAUUCCUCAUAAUAAUUAUAUGGCGCAUAAUUAUUAUCCUGUACCACAAAAAUAUGGUAUAUAUAAAUAUGUAACUGGCUUUGGACGUUCUCGUUAAUACAUCUUGAUAAAGCAUUCACUCUUAAUACCUUUGCCUUAAUUUCUCAUAGGUGAAAUCAAGAACUUAACAUUUGUCAUUAGUGCGCGUACGUAGUGAUAUAAUAAUUAAAAAUGCGCGUUGACUAUUUAAGACCUGAUAUGGAUCAAACGAUUUCAUAAUUUAACUCGACACUGUAUCCUUCUACACUAUGUUCUUUUAUAUGAUAUGUAAAUUGUUUUUUUUUUUGUAAGAAAAUAUCCAAGAACGUAUGUCCGUCCCAUCUAUUGGCUGCAAUUAUGUGCAUGUGGUGGAGAAUGGCUAGUUUUAUUUUUAUUGGUUGUUGUUCUUAUAAAAAAAACCACGGACAACAAAGAAGUAAACAAUGUUUUAUCAAUGUAUAGUAAAUUUUA